UCGAACAAGUAAGGUACAAAAUGUGGUCGCCGGUGGUUGCCUUACUGUUCCUGACCCUGGUUGUCAGCCAACCGGAUGAGUUGGUGGAGGCCGCUGGCCCGCUGAAGGUGCUGGGUCUGUUCCCCCAUCCCGGAGUCAGUCACUUCCACUUCUUCCACCCGAUCAUGAAGGGUCUGGCGGAGGUGGGACACGACGUGAGUGUGGUUUCCCACUUUCCGGACAAGAAUCCGGUCGCCCGAUACAAGGAUUACCCACUGACCGGAAUUGAAAAGCUCACGAACAGUGUGGAUCUCAAGCUCUUUGAGAAACGCACAUUCUACAAUCACUUUUUGGAAUUUUCCCUACUUCACGAGUGGGGAAAACAGGCCUGCAAUUUGACCCUCCGUUCGGAGGCACUGCAGCAGAUCCUGAAGCGACGACCAGGACACUUUGAUGUCAUCAUAAUGGAGCAAUUUAAUACAGACUGCAUGAUGGGCGUGGCACAUCAGCUGCAGGCACCGGUGAUCGCCUUAAGCAGCUGUGUGAUGAUGCCCUGGCAUUAUGAGAGAAUGGGAGCUCCUUUGAUUCCAUCUCAUGUGCCCAUGCUUUUCAUGGCCCAGUCGCAGGACAUGAACUUCGGCGGUCGAUUGGCCAAUUGGUUCAGCACCCAUGCCAUGAACUGGAUGUACAAAUUACUAUCUGUACCCGCUGCCGAUGCUUUGGUUCAAUACAAAUUCGGUCACGAUGUUCCUUCGGUAGGAGAACUGGUGAAGAAUACCUCCCUGUUCUUUGUGAACCAACACUACUCGCUCUCGGGACCCAAGCCAAUGCCACCCAAUGUGAUCGAGUUGGGCGGCAUCCACAUCCAAAAAUCCAAUCCCUUACCGGCUGAUCUUCAGCGUAUUCUGGAUAAUGCCGAAGAGGGAGUGAUCCUGAUCAGUUGGGGUUCCAUGAUACGGGCCAACUCCCUCUCGGCUGCCAAGAGGGAUGGAAUCGUUAGGGCUGUGGCUCGGUUGAAGCAGAAGGUUAUCUGGAAGUGGGAGAACGAAACUCUGCCCAAUCAGCCGGCCAAUAUGAUUAUCAUGAAGUGGCUGCCGCAACGCGAUAUCCUCUGUCAUCCCAAUGUAAAGGUCUUCAUGUCGCAUGGAGGACUCAUGGGCACCUCGGAGGCGGCUUAUUGUGGAGUUCCCGUGGUUGCCACGCCCAUGUAUGGCGAUCAGUUUGUGAAUUCUGCCGCCAUGGUGAAUCGAGGAAUGGGAACCAUCUUGAACUAUGAGGAUAUAGCCGAGAAUACGGUGAUGAGGGCUUUGAAAAAGGCUUUGGACAAGAAGUACCACGAUGCCGCCAAGGUCGUCUCCCACUCCUUCCACCACCGCCCACAGCAGGCUCUGCAAACCGCUAUUUGGUGGGUGGAACACGUGGCCCACACGGGUGGAGCUCCCCUCAUAAAACCAAGUGCCGUGUACAUGAACCGCUUUGCCUACUACUCCCUGGACUGCUAUGCCCUUGUGGCCGUAAUCCUGGCCAGUAUCAUUGGCAGUUGGUUGUGGCUCAUUCGACGCUUCUGCGGAUCCAGUUCCGCUGAAAAGACUAAGAGGGAUUAGCUGGGCUCAUCCCGGCACAUCUUCGUUUCGUGGUUGUAUGUGAUAUUUUAUAUGUUCUGUGUAGAGAACUUUUAAAUGUAAAAACACCUCCUCUCAAGGACUUCAUCUAGAUGUCUAGUGACGCCAAGUUAAAUAUAAUGUUUAAAACAAUUGGUAUUUACCCACUUUAA